UCCCUCCUUUAUUUUUUUUUUCUCUCUGCCGUAUAAAAUCCUAAUUCUCUCUCUGUCUCACUCCAAACCCAGAAUUUCGCUUUCUCUUUCUUUUUAAAGAAAUCCAAGAAAGAGAAAGACUAUUAAACCCUAAUAACAAUGAGUAGCAUCCGAGAAGAAGAAGAGGAGAGAAGGAUGAUACCAGUUUUUACAGUAAUAAAGAAUGGUGCAAUUCUCAAGAACAUAUUUCUUGUCAACAACAACUCGCCAUCAAAGCUUAAUUCAUUCACAGUUGGAGAGAACCCAGAUCAAGAAGCUGAAGAGAUCUUGAUUGUUGGUAGACAUCCAGAUUGCAAUAUUGUGUUAUUGCACCCUAGCAUUAGCAGAUUUCACCUUCAAAUCAAUUCAAAACCCUCUUUGCAGAAGCUUUUUAUCACUGAUUUAUCUUCUGUCCAUGGGACAUGGGUUUCAGAGAAGAGGAUUGAUCCAGGGCUUCGCAUGGAGCUGAAAGAGGGUGAUACAAUUAGGGUUGGUAGUUCAACAAGGGUCUACAGGCUGCACUGGGUUCCUAUGAAACGUGCAUAUGAUAUUGAGAACCCAUUUAUAUCACCUUCAGACUUGGCGAUGAUUGAAGAGAAAGAAGAAGAGACUGAAGUGCUAGAAGAGGAAAAUGUAGGAAAAAUAUCUCAGGAUGAAUCUUCGUUGGCAACUGAAACUAAACAUGAUGAAGAGAGAGACAAAUUGGCAGUUCUAGGAAGAGCAAAGGAAAUAUAUCAGGAGAUGAAUUCUCUGUCCACUGAAAAUGGAGAAAUUCAAUCUGUGGAUUCAGUUCUGGAAGGAAUUGUGUCACUGUUUCCUGAUGAGAAUUCUGGAUCAAUUAAAGAGAUGGCAUCAGCUCCACUGAUACCUGAAGAAAUGGAUUCUUCUUUUCAUGUUGAGAAGGAAGAAAUAGUAUGCUCAACUGGAAAUGAUCAUGAAUUGACUCUCAAAAGUGUUGGGGGAGUUAUAUUGCAAACUUUGAGUCAGCUAUUCUAUGAAUGCAAACAGAGUUCAGAUUGUAAUUCUGCUAUAGAAGCAGCGCUGGAGGAAGAGAAAGCAGACGUUUACAUGGCAAGAAUAGAGCUAGAACCCAAUGUUGAAGUGAAAAACCCAAGUUCAGAUUAUCAUUCUGCUAUAGAAGCAGUGCUGGAGGUUGAAAAGACAGACAUUUCCAAGGAAAGAGUAGAGCUAGAAUCCAAUGUUGAAAUGACUUCAUCAUCUUUUUCAGAAGCGGAUGCCAAUUCAUCCUGUGAAAUACUGAAAGUAGCUGAAAAGCAAAGCAUGUUGAGGGAAGGCCGCAGGCAGAUGGAUGCUCUAGAAGCAGUGCUGGAGGAAGAAAAAGCAGACGUUUCCAUGGCAAGAAUAGAGCUAGAAUCCCAUGUAGUGUGUAACCCAAGUUCAGAUUAUCAUUCUGCUAUAGAAGCUGUGCUGGAGGGCAAAAGGACAGACAUUUCCAAGGAAAAUCUAGAAUCCAAUUUUGAAGUGACUUCAUCAUCUUUUUUAGAAGCGGAUGCCGAUUCAGGCUGUGAAAUACUGGAAGUAGCUGAAAAGCAAAGCAUGUUGAGGAGAGACCACAGACAGAUGGAUGCUCUCGAAGCAGUGCUGGAGGAAGAAAAAGCAGACGUUUCCAUGGCAAGAAUAGAGCUAGAAUCCCAUGUAGUGUGUAACCCAAGUUCAGAUUAUUAUUCUUGUAUAGAAGCUGUGCUGGAGGUUGAAAAGACAGACAUUUCCAAGGAGAAUCUAGAAUCCAAUUUUGAAGUGACUUCAUCAUCUUUUUCAGAAGUGGAUGCCGAUUCAGCCUAUGAAAUACUGGAAGUAGCUGAAAAGCAAAGCAUGUUGAGGAAAGACCACAGGCAGAUGGAUGCUCUAGAAGCAGUGCUGGAGGAAGAAAAAGCAGACGUUUCCAUGGCCAGAAUAGAGCUAGAAUCCCAUGUAGCGUGUAACCCAAGUUCAGAUUAUCAUUCUGCUAUAGAGGCUAUGCUGGAGGUCAAAAAGACGGACAUUUCCAAGGAAAAUCUAGAAUCCAAUGUUGAAGUGACUUCAUCAUCUUUUUCAGAAGUGGAUGCCGAUUCAGCCUAUGAAAUACUGGAAGUAGCUGAAAAGCAAAGCAUGUUGAAGAAAGACCACAGGCAGAUGGAUGCUCUAGAAUGUGUGAACUCUAUGUUGCCAGAAGUAAAUCCUUCCGAGACCAACAAUGCACAGGUCAACAAUGAAAACCAGAUAUUUGAACCUCUUGAUGCUCUGCGUCCACUUUACGAAGAAGGAGACCCAGAGAAUGCUCCAGAAAAUCAAAACUUGAAUAUACUGAUUAGGCCACAAACUCUAUGUGCUGAUGAUACUGCAAUCACUGAAACACUUGAAAACAAGGAAAACCAGAAUUAUUCUAUGAAAGAAUAUGGACAGAGUGAGUUCACAGGUGCUUGCUCCCUUAUAACAGAAUCUGUGAACUCAUCUUUGCCUCUGGGUGAAGUUCUCUCUGAGAUUGCAGAUGGCAAGGAAAGCCAGACACCACAAUCUACUUUCUUUGCAAUUGAGAACUUGGAGAACAUAGGGAGCCCUCCUAUCAGAUCAGAGAAAAAAUCCAGCUCCUGUAACAUUUGGUCAAGAAGAGGUAAACCUGAUACUCCUCUUCAGCUUCAAACAAGUAAGAGCGGGAAAAAGAACAGGAGAGUUAAUAUUGAUGCUGAUAUUGAAUGGGAGAAUCAGGAGGAUGUUGAGAGCAAAUCAAUUACAAGGGCUCUUUUCUCUGGUUUGCAACCAAUGGAUGAAGAGAUCUUUACUCCAGACAAGGAGAAUCACACCCCCAAUUCUUUUCUGCGUAAGUUUAGAAAGAAGGGUCAGCUAGAGGAUAUUCAAUCACCCAAGUUCAGAUAUUCGAAAAUUACUUUUAGCUCCAGUAUUGGGCCAGAUGAAGACAUAAUUGCCUCUUCAGACAAAGAGAACCAGACACCUAAAAUUCUCCAACAAAGGAAAUCAGCAAGGCCCUCUAGGCGUCAAAUGAAGGUGGAGGAAAACAUUGUGCUGAAGGAAAGAAGACUAGAGAGGGUUCCACUACAAUUAUUACUUGCCAAUUCACCUGGGAAGAGCCUAUCUGAUGCCUCAGUUCCUGAUGCUGCUGCAAGAAGCAGCAAUUCUAUCAACUGUACUAGAGAGAAUUCUAUUAACUCUGUUGGGGAUGGAAGGAGGAGAUGGACUAUGAUAGCAGAUACAACAUCCCUUCUAGACAAGGCGUCAAGGAAGUCAUUACAGCUUUUAGAAGGUCUCAAGGGGACUCAUUUAGUCAUUCCAAGAAUGGUUAUCAGAGAACUGGAUUCUUUGAAGCGGCGUGGUAGCCUGUUCAGGAGAACAACAGAGGCAGAUUUGGUUUUACAAUGGAUAGAAGAGUGUAUGGUGAAAACAAAAUGGUGGAUUCAUGUCCAGAGCUCCGUGGAGGAUGGAAGGGCAACUGCACCAACCCCUCCGGUUUCUCCUGUCUCUCGAUUCAGCGAGGGAAGUGGGGGAUUCCUGUGUGGGACAAGAAGCUCAGCUUCAUUUUCAGCUUAUGGAAGUUUACUGGAUAUCAUUUCACCAACUGCGGAAGACCAUAUUCUUGAUUAUGCUCUUUCGUAUAGGAAAGCGCACAGUGAUGGACAACUCGUCCUUCUUAGCAAUGACGUAACUCUGAAGAUCAAAGCCAUGGCAGAGGGUUUGAUCUGCGAGACGCCUCAGGAAUUCAGGGACAGCCUGGUGAACCCCUUUUCUGAGAGGUUCUUGUGGGCAGACAGCUCUCCUAGAGGACAAACUUGGUCAGUCCGGGAUGAUGUAGUGAUGAAGGAGAAGUAUUAUAGGAGCCCUUCAAAGAAAUCAUCCAAGGGUGAAGGUGCAAAGGGUUUGAAGCUCAUUCUGCUCCAUAAUUCUCACUAUGGUCAGUUUGUUAAAACAAUGUAAAUGUAUUCUAGUUUGUCGGAAGGCCAUUUUUGUCUGUGGGAAUAUGUGAUGGAUUUUUCUUUUCACAAGCUUGUUUGGAAUCAGGGUUUGAUGCCAUAACAUCGUGUAUAAUGUGAUAUAGGUUUUGUAUGGUUCCAAGAAAUAUGAAUGGUAAAGUACCUUUACUAAUUA